AAUGAACUUUCUAAAGAUAAUUACUACAUGAAUGUGUACUAUGCUCAAAAAUCUAACUUUCUAAAAUUAUUGGACGUGUUUUUGCGUGAAAACAAUUUGAUAAAAAGACCGAAAACUUUCAGUUUUACACCAUACAUAAUUGGAUUAGACAAUAAUACUAUAAGCAUAUCGGCGGGAUUUUUACAUGCACCAUUUUUCAACGCACAAUCGAUUGUUGAAAAAUAUGCAAUUGUCGGUUGGUUUAUUAGUCGACAGCUUAUGUAUGAAAUUGCAAUGUACAAUGAUCGUAAUCUCUUGAAAAAUGGACAAGUACUAUUUGAGUCUAUUUGUAACUCAAGCGUUCUAACAUCGUUCGAAGUUCAAUUAUGUUGUUUAUCAAGGCGAUAUAGUUCCAUGAUAUUCGAGAAAGAUGAUCUGGAAACUUUGUCAGCUGAUAUUAAUGGUCUAAUGUUAUCCUUUGAAACAUACAAGACUACUUAUAUGCGAAAACUUGAAGAUUUAAUCGAUGAGAAAUCGUUUUUCGCAACUUUUGCAAAAAUGAUGAAUAAAGAUCUCUCUUCCUAUCUGGUUCAUGCGGUCUCUAAUUCGUCUAAACCAAGCUUCGUAUUCAGUUUGACUGAUGUUCUGCAACAUAGUCAAGAAUUUUCUGAUGCAUAUCAAUGCGCGGUAACUACAAAAAUGAACCAUGUUAAUAAAUGUACUCUUUAAAGGAUUGAUUGUGUACUAAAAU